UUUUUUUUUUUUUUUUUUUCUAUUUUCUUUUUCUUUUUUAAUUUCAAACUAACACGCGUGAUUUUUCGGAUCAUAUACUUGGAUCAUAUUACAUUCACAUUUGUUUAUAUCUAUAUAUUACAAAAUUAACAAAUUAAAAAAAUAGAAAAUUAAAGAAAGUAAAAAAUACAAUUGAUAUAACACAAUAAUAAUAAUAAAUAAAACUGGUUUAAAAAAAAAAAAUUUAAUAUUGCAACAAAAUCGCUGAAAUAUUUUAUUACCGACGUGGCUAAGGCAAAAUGACGUUGGUUUUAUCAUCAAACAAAGAACAAUAUGUUGCAUUGUUAAAACAAAAAAAAAAAAAACCUUCAAAUUUAUAUUUCUAUAUAAAAAAUAAACUAUAGUUUGUAUAAAUAAAUUUUUUAAAUAUUAUUAUUUUAUAUUGAAAAGAGAAAAUAUGUUAUUUACGUCAUUUGAAAAAUUAUUGUUUUUAAAAAUAAUAAAAUUAAUAUAUGUAUAAUAGGAAAUAAGAUAAAUUUUAAAAAACAUUUAUUGCACCAUUUAGUGCGUAGUAUCAUAUGUUAUUGUUUAAACUAAAUAAAAAAAAAAUUGAGUUCAAAGCACGGCCUACCUGAUGGUCAUAAAAUAGAAAGGAAAAAUGAUUGUUUUUUUUUUGUUUUUAAAAAUGAGUAAAACGUUAUAGCGCAAAAGACAACAUAGAUAAUAAAAAAAACUAGUAAAUGAUAAAAAGAAAUAGACAUAAAUAAAUAAAUAAAGAAGAAUGCUAGUACGAAAUGGUUAAAGACCCAUAGAAGGGGCGAUUGGAGGGUCUUGUUUUGUUAUGAUCUUUGGUUGGGGUCUCGUCCUCGACGAAUAGCUGCAGCGAAUAGGAAUAAGUAGGUCAGGAUCAACGACCAAUCACAGCUCAGGGACGUUAAUCACGUGGUUUUGUUGUUAUCUAUCAGCUGUUUUACCCGGGCAGCCAGUACAACUAGUAUAUGUGGUGGUAAGCAAAAGAAACGACCGGCCGGCGAACGCGCAGUGAAAGCCCGCUCGGUACAGCCUUCGUUGUUACACGCGUCUACAGUGCCACCCGGUCCGCUCAGCUGUGAGACACAUGUCAGUUACAGUGAGGUAGAGUUUGUAUCUUUAUUUCACACUGGCUUUCAUUUCCACUGCCACAACACCAACACACAACUCUCGGUUAUCAACAUAAACUUCUAGCUACUGUCAUUAUUACCGCGAAACACCGAAAACAGUUAUAAAAAAAAAUUUUAAUUGAAAAAAAAAAAAUUAUUAAACAUUUUUAAAAAAAAAAAACAAUUAAUAUUAUUUAUUUAAUAUUAUUAUUUUAUUGUUGUUAUUUGGUGGUGUUGCAUAAAAGUGAUAGGUAAAAAUAAAAAAAAAAAUUUCAAGUGAAUUAAACUUAUAUAAUAAUUUAUUGCAAAAUUAUAUAAACAUUUUAUUUUUUUUUAUUUUUAAAAUAUUCAUUUUUAAAUAUUAAAAAUUUAAAAAUUUAUUGUUUCAUACGUAUUAUGGUUGAGAUUCAGUUGAAACGAGAUUUUCUCGAUAAUACCGUGUUUUUUACGGAAAAUAUAAAUAAUUAUGCUAACAAAAACGACGUGACAGCGUUAAGUUGGUAUAACAGUAAUAAUACAUUUAUACUCACAACUAGACAUCGUUGGCCUCCACGGUAUUUUAUUUUAUUUUAGAAAUUUUUUAAUUUUUCAAUUUAACAUAAUAUAUUGAAAGAAAAAAAAAAUUGGAAAAUUUUUGAUUUUUUUUUUUAAUUUAAAAACCGGUAUAAAAAAAAAGCCAAAUAAAAUUCUUCAAAUGAUAAUUGAAGUUUUAAUAUAAUUUUUCAGUGAAUAGUAAUUUUAUUUUACUGAUUUGAAAAUUUUUUAAAAAAAGUGUAUGUGUUUGUGUGUACAUGUGAAAUAUGUCAAUCGAACAAUUCAAUCAUAAAAUGAUAAUUAAAUUUUUUUUUUAAUUUACUCCAAUAAAAUUAUCAUUAUUUAAAUUAAAAUUGUGUAAAUAUCGAGACGUCUGUUUAAUGACGUAUUCGAUUAACGGUUAAAAAUUUACGUCAGAGCUUUAAUUAACAUUCGGUAUUGAAAAAAAAAAAAAAGCGUAAUAAUAAUAAAUAAAAAAAAAAGUGAAUUUAUUGUUGCAAUAUACCUAUAUUUUUUUGUUUGUUUUUUAUUUUUCAAAUUUAAUUUAUAAUGUCGACUGGAAAGCGAUUGGCUAAACGUAGCAUUAUUGGUACCAGGGUGUGUGCACCAAGUAAAGACGGUAAAUAUUAUAGCGGUGUAAUACAUGCUGUUAAAACACCAGUAACAGCAUUAACUGAUUCUGGACUAAGUAUAACACCACAAACACGUUAUUCAGUAAGAUUUGAUAGUGUAUCUGGAGGUAAAACACCAAAUCCAAAUACUGAAUAUUCUGAACGUGAUUUAAUUGGGCCAGGUUUUGGUUCAGUAACUAGUGCACAUCUUGUAUCCGGUCAAAAAGUUUAUUUAACAUACAACGGCAGAGAAAUUAACGCAGAGGUCACUUAUCACAGAGAACAUCUUGACGAAGUUGAAGUUGUUUUUGCACCAAACGGACAAGAGAAUCCAAUGACUCUUACAAAGCGAAUAGACGAAGUACGACUUCUUGAGUCACGUAAAAGUGCACGGCUUGCUGACCAGGAUACAGAUUUUGCAAGACUUGCAGACAUGGCAGGAGAUCGUAAGCGUGCUUCUUCUCAUUCAAUUGAUGUUCCACAUGUUCCCGGUUCAAGAAAAAGACGUCCAAGCUCGAGUAAUGAUUCGGAACGUUCAUUCAAUGGUGGCUGGAUUGAAAAUAGCAUUAAUAACACAAAUGGCAAUGGUAUUAAUAAUAUUAAAUUGAGCUUUGGGUGUGGUCGUGAAGGUUGUCGCAGCAACGAACAUGGUGAUUGUAUGGACGAGUGUACAGCUGCUCUUGUUUUGAUGUCGUUAUCGUGUUCACCCCACAGUCCAAAUCAUCCCUUGCCACUUCACUGUCAGCACAAUUAUGGUUCAUGGGACGGAAGAGCAGAUAGAAGUAACAACAAUGGCAAUAUUGUUGUUGGAUCACCAGGUACAAGUGGUACUUCCAACAGUAGUAGUAGUAGCAGUGGAGCAUCAUGGCGUAGUGGUACACCAUCACCACCUCUAAGUGAAGAGGGUGUUUUACCAGCUUGCGUUACAAACUGGCCAAUUCCUAGUAGCAGUGGAGUUAAUGUUCCAUCAUUGACAAAUUCAACUUACAUAAGUGCUUUUUCAUCAACAAACAGUACACCUGGAUCUACUGGUGCUCUUGAUGAAGGCAUUGUACUUGAUUAUUUGGAAGACAUGCAUCCAAAAAAAAAAAAGACAGCAAAAACGAUGGUAUUUCAAUGCACAUGGCCUGGAUGUUUUGAAAUUAGAACAACUUGCACUUUGAUUGAGCAACAUGUACGAGAAGGUCAUCUAGGAUUGAAAAAAUUUAAACAAGAUCAAAAAGACGGAGAAGAUUGUGAUAUGUCAGAUCAUGAGGAAGAAUUUUAUUAUCAAGAAGUUUCCAUAGAUCACAUGAGUUCACCACCAACAAUGUCUCACCGGGACAUGGCAAGGCCACCACAUGAAGAUCCAGAGUAUCAAAAAAUGUUACGUCUAGAAACAAUUCCUGUUAGUAAAAAUACUGAUAAUAGUCCAAUUGUAACGUCACCAACUACACCUACCACGUUACCCAAUAAUACCAUCAACAACAACAACAGCAAAGAACGUCUAUUUAAUUUUGGACGUGCAUCUUCUACAUCACCGGGAGCAUCAACAAAACACAUGAAAUUAUCAACAAGACAAUUGUGUCAACAAAAUGUUGGUCUUCAGGCAAUAACACCAGGUGGAAAAAUACCAUCAUCACCACGUAAAGUACGUGGUGAAACUAAAAAAUGUCGUAAAAUAUAUGGUAUGGAUCAUCGUGAACUAUGGUGUACACAGUGUAAAUGGAAAAAAGCAUGUAGUAGAUUUGGCGAAUAGAAAAAAUUAUUGGCCCGUGAUAAAUACGGGCUUCUACCCUUGCCCAGUCAAACAUGAAGUUUACAAGUGUAAAUAAUAAUCGAUGAAUAAUACGGCUAACAUUCGAAAAGUUUAUGAAAAUGUUUGUGGAAAAAAUGUAAUUUUUUUUUUUUUUUUAAAUAAUAAACUAUGAAAAUAGUGUGAUAUAAAAAAAAAAAGAAAAAAAAUGAAAAACAACUAAGUGAAUCCCAUGACGGAUGGACGAGUCGAUUUAGCAAAUUACUGACUCUCAGUAAACAAGUGGGAUUAAGCUCAAGACAACAAUAAUUAAUAUAAAAUUUAAAAAACAUUGAAAAAAGUUUUGAGCCAGUUUAGUUUGUUUUUAUUCGUAUUUAGUUGAUGAUUUUGGACUGAAAUGUUAAUAUUUUUUUAACGUGUAUAUAUCAUCGACUAUUUCGAAUAAACAUAAUCAGUAUAUAUAUAUUAAUUCAAAUUAGUUUAAAUAAAUACUGAAAUGUUGGUGAAUGAUAAUUACUUGUGCGAAUUUUUUUUCAUAGUGUCAUUAAGAUACAGGCGUUAUAAAAAUAAUACCGUCAACAAUAUGUGUAUGAAAGAAAUAAAAAAAUAAUAUAUUUAAACUAGAAAAGAUAAAAGAUAAAGAAAAAUAUAAAUAUCAAAGUUUGGCAUUCUAGUAAACAUAGCAAUAAUUGAGUUUGAAAAGGGACAAAAUGUUAAAGAAUUGUAUACACCAAUAUAUAUAUAUACUGCCAGAUAUUAAAAAAAAAAAAAAAAAAAAAUUAACAAAACACAAUGACUAUUUGUAAAUUCAAAUUUGAAUAUAUAUUUCGUGACAAGUAUUACUGAAUGACAGUAGUUGAUCAAGUUCUACUAUUUUUCAACGAAAAGAAAGAAAAAAUAUAUUUUUUGUUUUAUCAAAUUGACUACAUUUACGCACACGAUUAUAAAUAAUUUUAUUGUAACAAUAGAAUAAAAUCACACUGCAUAAAACAGAUAUCACAAAAAUAAUUAAUCAUGUAUUUAUCAAGGAGCUUGAGUCAAAAUUAUAGAAAAAAAAAAAAAAAUUACCA